AUGUCCCCCUUAAUUAUUCAAGAGUGUCAUCAAGAGAAGCUCGGCGACGGCGAGCAGAAGGCACCAUACACCGGCAAAGACGACCUAAGGUACACUUCGGAUGCGCUCAUCGAUGUUUCGAAGGAGUUAUUGCAAUGCGACGAACAUGAGCUGCAGAUGGAGCUUUUUAACCUGCUGAUUAACCCAUUGGAACAUGAUUUUGCUCUUCGAUGGGAUCGUGAUGAUGUCCGAGAGAAUGCUACUGCUGAGGAAGAAGUUGCUGCUCUUGGACUCUGGACGCAUGGUGCGAGUACGUCCGCAAAAACCUUGCUUGACCAAUUAACAUGA